UUACCUGACAGCCAUUUAUUUCCUUUUCACUUAUAUUGAUUUGUCCUCUCUCUAGAAUGUCAUCUUUUUGACCACAAUUUCACAUCCUUCUUGCUCUUCAAUCUCCCAAACUCAGAAAAGUUAUGAAAAUUCACUGCUUUUGAAUGCAUAAAUAAAUGUAUUGAUUUCUUUAAAGUAAUUGUUCUAUCAUAGGGACUGUUCUGCACAGAACCUAGAUUGUUCUGGUGGAGCUAGUAUUUAUUGCAUUAUUUUUUAAUAUAAUGUCAAACACUAUGACAACUUGUAAUUUCUCACUGUGAGAAAAUACAGGGAAAAUACUGAGUGAAAAUACUGAGGAUUUUCACUGCAAUAAGUGAAAAUACUGAGGAUUCUGCAAUCAGUAUUUGAAGUGAGGCAUGACCAUCAGCAAUUAUUGGUCUUUUAUGUCUGGGAACAAGUUCAAGAGUUUUCCUUUUGCUCAUAAAGGACUGUCAAUGUUGUCUUCAAGGUAAUCUUCCCAGGCUGACCUUCAGUGGCUAACUUAUCCUUCCCAGUAGCCUACCCUGUACCUGAUAACCUUGUACAUUUGUCAGCACAGAACUCAAAAUCCAUGUAUCUUUUUCCCAAAAACAGGCAAACAGCUCUGCAAAUCAGUUGUGCUUUCUCAUUUGCAGCAUGUAGAGAAACUUUCAACACAAGGAAUGAGCUUACUGCAAGGUGAGCUCUAAGAAGCAGUGCUCAAUAGGAGGAGGAGAAACAUGGCCAGUAGAGAAGGUGACAUUAAACAUCAAGAGAUACCAUUCAUUCAACAUACCUAUCAGAAGGGCACAUCCACCAUCAGCACAAUGAGAUCUCAUACUCAAGAGGAUCCUUUUCUAUGUAAUGAUUUAGGAGAAGAUGUCACUGAACAUACAGCAUUGACUCAAAAUGUGAUUACUUACAUGAGAAAGAAACACUUUGUAAGCAAAAAGUUUGGGAAAACGUUCAGUGACUGGUUAUCCUUUAGUCAACACAAGGAAAUUCACACCAGAUGUAAAUCAGAUGAAGGUCAUCUAUUUGAUUAUGCCUUUAUCCAAAACUCUGCCCUUAGACCACACAAUGUGACUCACACUAGAGUGAUAACAUUGGAAUGUCAUGUGUGUGGGAAAACCUUCAGCAAAAAUUCUAAUCUUAGGCGACAUGAGAUGAUUCACACUGGAGAGAAACCACACGGAUGUCAUCUAUGUGGGAAAGCCUUUACUCAUUGCUCUGAUCUUCGAAAACAUGAGAGAACUCACACUGGAGAGAAGCCAUAUGGAUGUCAUCUAUGUGGGAAAGCCUUCAGUAAAAGUUCUAACCUUAGACGACAUGAGAUGAUUCACACUAGAGAGAAAGCACAGGUAUGCCAUCUAUGUGGGAAAGCCUUCACUCAUUGCUCUGACCUUAGAAAACAUGAGCGAACUCACUUAGGAGAUAAACCAUAUGGAUGCCAUCUAUGUGGGAAGGCUUUCAGUAAAUGUUCUUACCUUAGACAACAUGAAAGAACUCACAAUGGAGAGAAACCAUAUGAAUGUCAUCUAUGUGGAAAAGCCUUCUCUCAUUGUUCUCACCUUAGACAACAUGAGCGAAGUCACAAUGGAGAGAAACCACAUGGAUGUCAUCUAUGUGGAAAAGCCUUCACUGAAUCUUCUGUGCUUAAACGACAUGAGAGAAUUCACACUGGGGAGAAACCAUACGAGUGUCAUGUAUGUGGGAAAGCCUUCACUGAAUCUUCUGACCUUAGACGACAUGAGAGAACUCACACUGGAGAAAAACCAUAUGAAUGCCACCUAUGUGGAAAGGCCUUCAAUCACUCUUCUGUCCUUAGACGACAUGAGAGAACUCACACGGGAGAGAAACCAUAUGAAUGCAAUAUAUGUGGUAAAGCCUUCAAUAGAAGUUAUAACUUUAGACUUCAUAAAAGAGUUCACACUGGAGAGAAACCAUAUGUAUGUCCUCUAUGUGGAAAAGCCUUUAGUAAAUUUUUUAACCUUAGACAACAUGAGAGAACUCACACUAAAAAAGUAAUGAAUAUGUAAGAGUCAUCAACCAUAGCGUUAACACUAAAUACACCCAAGGACUGACAUACAACAGGAACAUUAUGUCUGUAAUCAGUGUGGAAAAGCCUUUAUUUGUAAUCACCACUUUGCUCAACCUAAAUGAAUCCAAAGUAGGGAGAAUCCAUAUGUAUUUAAGCUGUAUGGCACAAACUAUGAGAGAAUGAAACUAUAGAUCAAAGGAAUGUGGAGGAGUCUUCAUCCAAAGCUCUAACUGUUAAACAAACAGGAGAAAUCACAUCACAAAAAUUCUGUACCUGUCGUCAAUGUGAAAAUGCCAUCCUUUAAACAAAUGAGUAAAAUCGACAGGCGAGCAACCAUAUGUCUGUAAUUGCUGUGCACUGUCAUUCAGCUAAGCACCAGUUUUGGUGUCUGCAAGAAAAUUCAUUAUCAGAUAACUGAUAAAAACAGGAAAUUUGUGAAAAUAUUUUUAUUAGGUGGAUGAGGCCUCUUGCACAAUUCCAGAAAUUCAUAGUAGAGAAAUUAUUCAGUGAGAAAUCCUUUUCUUAAUACAGCAGCACUUCUAUAAUAGAUCAGAAUUCACAUGGUGUAGAACGCUCAGUGACAUGAAUGGAGGGCAGUCCUCAGUAAAUUACUCAUGCCUUAGUCAAUACCAGCAUUUUUCCACUGAGAAAACAAUCUUGACAUGAUAGUAGAAGAACCGUCAGGCAGCUUUCCUGUCAAAAAAGACAGGGAAGAAAACUCUAAAAAGCCAUUGAGAUGUAUAGCUGGGGGACAAGACAUAAAGCCAUCAAGCACAUGCUUGAGAAAAAAAAUUAUGGUUUUGAGCAGACUUUCUACUUAAAAUAUGUUGGAUGAAAUGUACAAUUCUGAAAUAACCUGGGAAUAUUGAAUGCAGAAUUGUGUAAGAAGUAAUAAGAUUAAAUUAGUACUGUCAAAAAUGCAAGCAUUAAAUGUCGUUGCUGAAUAAUAGGUUGAUUAAACUCCAAUUUUUUGUU